AUGAACGACAGAGAAGGCAGCAGUCGCGAGCUCCUAACAAUAUUCGACGAGGAAAAUGAAUCAGAAUCCAUCACAAUUCGCUCCGUGAAUGGCGACUACUUCAUCUCAACGCGAAAAGAAGCUCUUCUCGCCGAAUCCAAGGCGCGAAUCGUCGUGUCGGAUUCCGACAGGCCUCCCUACCCAGUCCUUCCUGAACUCGUCCUGCUCCUCGUCGAGUUCGGCCACGCCGUCGUCAGAGACGCGUCCUCUGGAGACCUGCUUCAGUUCCAAGACCUCGUGCUGCCCGAAGAUCCAAAGUUCGAAGUCCGACGCUUCACGGCACGAGACUUCUGGCGCAAAGGCUACUUUUUGGCUUCCGGGUCGAGGUUCGGCGGAGAUCUGAUGGCCUACAUGGGCAGUCCGAAUCAGCUCCACUCGGAAUUCGUUAUUCUCUGCUCUGCGGAUCCAAAUGUCAAUGUUUUAUCACUUAUCUCUAUCGCUCGUUGCUGCAAUCAGGUCAAGAAAAAGCUAGUCCUAGCUCUUCUGAAGAACACUCACACUCCUUAUUACCUCUCGCUCAGCUGGCUGCGACCCGAAACUCACUAA